CUGAGUAGCUGCUGCUGCUGCAAAAAAAAAGAGAGAGAGCACUGGAGCAAUCAGCCGCUCCUAUUGCCGAAAGCAGGUGCACUGCGGCGCUCAUACUAGGUAACAUGGCACUCCCAAAAUUUGGGAGCAUGCGCCACAGGAGGCCAUCAGGAGCAGCAGCUCGUCUUACCCACUUCCGAGACGACACUGGCCUGGUCGCACUGCGAUACGAGGAGACCAAGCUAGCUGAGCCCCCGAUCCCCCUUCCUCCGCCGCGCAACCCUCGUCGCCUCGCCCGCGCUUCAUCGACCAUUGCAUCAUCAACAACGGCCUCGGCCACUCCCAUCACGGUCAACCCACCCCUGGUGCCCCCGCCGCCUGAAGAGCACCCGCUAUUCCGAGCCCAGCGACAGUCGCACCAGGCGCACCAGACGUGCCAGGCGUGCCAGGCGCAAGCGCAAGCACAAGUCGAGGAGCGGAAGAGGGACUCGGGCGCACCGACAUGGUCGACUGUCACGCUUCGGGAAGAGCAUGCCGAAGGCCCUGCCCAUUCAAAAAUCCUGCACGACGCGGCCGACACACCGUCGGUCUACUCGUACGACGACGAGGAGGACCCGGCCAUCGUCCAUCAACGACAACAACAACAACAACAUCAUCAUCAUCAUCAUCAUCAUCAACUUGCACCGCCGCCGCUGACGGUUCGCAUCCCGCCCCGCCCCGGAAACCCAGAGUCUGCUGGCGGCCCGCCGUCCUCCUGCUCGCCCACUCCGCCCAAGUCGCCAUCGUCGCCAUCGCCCCCAUCGUCGCCAUCAUCAAAAUCGCCGUCCCUGCGGCGCACAUCUCUCGGCGAGAGAUUUGGCAAGGCCAUCGGCAUUGGAUCUGACGGAUCAAGACGAAUCCGGAAAAGGGUGCUUGGCGCCGACAGGGCUGCAGCUCAAGCGAAGCCUCCCGAGAUGGAGCCAGAGCGGGGCUCGGCUAGGCCGCCAAAAUCGCCCAAAUCGCCCAAAUCGCCUACUUGCAAUAAGCUUUCCCCACAGGUGCCAGGACCAGGGCCUGCUAGCGCCGACAGGGCACCAUAUGCCGCCCCCCCCUUAACGUCGGCUGCAACACCAUCCGCCAACGCGAAAUCUUUUGCGCCAAUCAUCACCACCCCCAUCCCAGAUGACAGCCUCUGGGAGGACCUGCCCGCCGUCUCCUUCUCCAAACGGGGGAGUAUCAUGUUUUGUGGCAAAAACAAGAACAACCGCUUCAAGUCGAUGAUGACCAUGUCCGCCCCCGACGCGACAGCGCCUGCGCCUGCACCUGCACCUGCACCGGCUCCUGCUCCCUCAGGCGCGGACGAGAGCGCGACCGCGGCCCGUUCCUCGACCGAGCACCAGCAGCUCCCGCCGACAGCCGACGACCAUGACGCCGCCGCCCCACGCCAAGAGACAUGCACAGGGAAGGCCGAAGAGACGGCUUCGAGGCACGUCUCCGCCGACGCACCGUCCGUCCCCAGCAUUCGCGUCUCGUCGAUGGAUGUAGAGAGGGAAUCACAAAAGGUGAGAUCGCUCUAUGAAUCCGGCGACGACCUGAAUUGGGAAGAUGGGGGGCGCGUCUCGUAUCCCGAGCGCCUUGGCCUUGAGCCCACAACAGAGGUCCCAUCUGAAGAGGAAGAGAACGCCGUUUCACUACGUUCCUCCGAUCCUCUCUCCGCAUCGGCCCCUCGUUCUCAAAGCGCUCGUCUCAACCCUCCUACGUCUACUACAACUACGCCGGCCCCGGCCAAUUCCUUGUCACCGCCACGAGAUAGCCAAGUCCGGAGGGAGUAUGAGCGCGCCGGCGGCACCGAGGACUGGGCCGACCUCGACGGCGUCGAAGUGGACCGCUACGGCUUCAUCACCCCCAAGCGGCCCGUGUCGAGCGCCGGGACCGCCGUGCCGAGGUCGUCCCCUUUCUCGUCCAGGCGGAAACCCGUCUUGACCAAGCGUCCGUCCACGUCGUACGCGACCUCGCUGCCGGGCGGCUUCAUCCGGCCCCCGAGCCGCAAGGUCUCGGCCCGCUCCCUGAACACGUACGCGUCCGAGCUGUCGACCGCAUCCCGGCGGUCUACCCGCUCUUCGAUCCGCUCGGCUACCAACCGCCUCCCGCACAACCGCGAACGCCGGUGGAUGGACGAGGCCGGAGAGAUGCUGUCCCUCCAGGCCGGCCUAACGAGCAUCUCGGACGACGAGAAGAUGGGCAAGACGGUCGAGGCGCAAAAACGCAAGGAAGCAGAGCGCUCCGAGAAGUGGCGCAAGAUGGCUACCGUCGUCAGGCCUAGCGUCACUACCGUCACUACUACGACUACUUCUUCUUCUUCCACUCCUGGCGGCGGCGGCGGCGCCAGCGCCAGUUUUGACCACUCUACCCCGGCUCUCUCCCAGCCCGCACCCAAAUACCCGCAGGGUCAGGGCAUGUCCUACACGUUCGACACCACCUCGCCCAAGCUUAUUGACCGCGUCUGGAAGGGCAUCCCCGACUGUUGGCGCUCCGCCGCGUGGUGGGCCUUCCUCGCGACGAGCGCCGCGUCGCACGAUCACAACCACAGCAGCAAGACGCCUCGCGAGACCGAGGACUACCUGAUCGCCGAGUUCCGCCGCCUGCAGGCCGUCGCCUCCCCGGACGACGUGCAGAUCGACAUGGACGUGCCGCGCACCGUCAACGGCCACAUCAUGUUCCGCCGACGCUACCGCGGCGGCCAGCGCCUGCUCUUCCGUGUCCUGCACGCCAUCUCUCUCUACUUUCCGCACACGGGGUACGUGCAGGGUAUGGCGAGCCUGGCCGCCACCCUGCUGUGCUACUUCGACGAGGAGAGAGCCUUUAUCAUGUUGGUCAGGCUGUGGCGGUACCGCGGGCUCGAGCGGCUGUACCAGCCGGGCUUCGCGGGGCUGGUGAGCGCCUUGGCCGAGUUCGAGGGGAAGUGGUUGACGGGGGCGGGGAAGGACGUUGCUGAGAAGCUGAACGAACUCGAUAUUAACGCAACCGCCUACGGAACCCGCUGGUACUUGACCCUCUUCAAUCUAUCCAUCCCUUUUCCCGCCCAGCUGCGCGUGUGGGACGUCUUUAUGCUGCUGGGCGACUGUCCCCCGGAGCCGGCGGCCGUCGCUACCACCACCCCCCCUCCAGACGCAGCCCCCGCCACGGCAACAGAUGGCGCGCCGCCACCCCCCCGGUCGUCCCGAACCGCGGACGAGACCCCGCCGAAGGGCCUGGACAUUCUCCAUGCCACCGCUGCCGCGCUGAUCCACGCCCUGCGCGACGUGCUGCUCGAUUCGGAUUUCGAGAAUGCCAUGAAGGCGCUGACCGCGUGGAUCCCCGUGCGCGACGAGGAUCUGCUGAUGAAGGUGGCCCGGGCCGAGUGGAGGCGGCACCAGCAGGGGCGCGGGGGGGCGAAGUUGUGGGACUGGGAUUGGGACAGGGGAGUCAAGGGGAAGGAGGGGAAAGAAGGUAAAGAUAAUAAGGAGGGGAAGGAAAGGACGGAGCAUGCCAAGACGGAGAAGGGGAAAGACAAGGAAAAGAAAGAAAAGGGCAAGGGGUUGGGAAUGGGCAUGGGCAUGGGCAUGGGAAAGCUAUGGGAACGAGGGUCGGAUAAAGAAAAGGCCAAGGACAAGGACAAGCAGCACCAACAACAACACCAUCAUCAACAACGGCAACAGCAACAGCAACAGCAACAGCCACAAUCACAAAAGAGCGGAAAGGAGAAGGACGGGACGGCUUAGGGGCCGUGGUCAUGCUUGUCAAUGAAGGCUGCUGUAUGCAGGGCAGGAGAUGAUGGGCGACCGAGAUGGACAGGCUGGUGGGUUGGCGGGCUUGCGGGCUUGCGGGGCGGGAGGCCGCUGCGAUGAUGGCAUGGCUCCGACUGGUCGACUUGACUGAUCGACCGGCUGACCGACCGACUUGACUGACUGACUGACUGAUUGACUGACUGACCGGACACGAUCUUUUCCAGCUGCUUCCUUUUGUCAUUUUUCUUGUUCUUUUUUUUUUCUCCCUACUUCUUCUCUUCCUUCUUGCAGGGUUCGGUGGCUUGCCCUUUUUAGAACUGGGGGCCCAUCGCGGCCAGGUUUAUGGGUCGUUUACGCGGAGAAGGUUUGAUACCCCCCUUUUUAUUUAACCUUGUUAAAUUCCGAUAAAAGCACGGCCUGUGUGCGGUGUGAUUGAAUUUAUAUUCGAUAGCUUUGGUUUCUAAUCUUUGCCUUCGUCUUCUACUUCUCCUUCUACUUCUUCUACUUCUACUUCUUCUUCUACUUCGUCUUCUUCUUCUUCUUCUUCUUCUAGUUCUUCUUCUUCUGCUACUUCUACUACUACUCUUACUACUUAUUACUAUUUCUUGUACUUACUCAGCCUGCUUCGACAGCUUGUUGCCAUGCCAAACCUAUCCCGUGCCGUAGCAGGAACAUUUGAGAGUAAUUAUACCUACUUAAUUCGCAGCCGAACUGUGUGUCUUGUUCAGUCAUCGCGGAGUGUAUUCAGUAGCCCUCCAUGACUCAGCUCGUCGCCG